AAGACACUGAACACUGAGAGUAAAUUAACACAUUUGAUGAAGUCAAAGGCCGAUCACUGAAGGUUUCAGAAAAUCCAGAAGAUGGCGACGUUCACACCCCUUGCCCUGUGUAUCGUCCUAACAGUGACACUGGCAGGAGCUACUUGGAGAUCUUCAGUUCGAAUCAUGACGGUGACAGUGCCAAGCCCGGAAGUGACGGCCAACGCCGGAAGUGACGCAAAACUGCCCUGCACCUACAGUAUCCCGGAUGCGGCCUCUGGACUGAAGCCGACCAUCAACUGGUACAAGGGAGACGCCGGCAUCUCUACUGCCACCAAGAUCUUCUCCUUGUCGUACCAAGGCGCGGUGCAGGUACCGGAGGGUUACGGGGACUACACCGGGCGGGUAACCCUGGAGAACCCCGCCGAGGCCACCCUGACGCUCCGCGGGGUGACGGUGGCGGACAAUGGCCGCUACUGGUGCGCCGUGUUCGACUCCGACCAACACAACCAGCUCGGCAUGGACUCCAAGUCCGUCCUGCUCACGGUCAUAGAUCCGUUCGUGCAGCAGGACCAGGGAGCGGGACGGCCAGGGCAUGUCGAGGUGCGCGUGCCCGCCCAGAGACAGGUGUACGAGGGAGACGAGGUGGUGCUGCCGUGCGAGUGCGACGACUGCCACUGGACAAGCACCAAGUCCUGGUUCACAGUGUCCUUUGACAACACCUGGGCGGCUACAGAGGAGUUGAUCGCCACCGAGACUGCGUGCAUGAGCCACCAGUGCCAUGGAGGUACCGCCACCGUCACCCCGUCCUUCCAGGGCCACUUCGAGCUGGCGGCCGGCACACUGAAGAUCGCAGCAACCAGGCGGGAGGACAAUCGCAGGUACUGGUGCCAGGUAGAGGACAAUACCUACACCUCUCGCGGCAGCGGAGUGGACGCUCAGUCCGUGGCUCUAGCCGUCGAGUCGCGCUGCACGGGGAAGCCGGCCGGCGUGUACCAACACCCCGACGACUGCUCCAAGUUCUUCACCUGCGCGGAGGGCGGCCUGCAGUAUGACGGCAUCAACACCUGCCCAGCCGGGCUGCACUUCGACCAGACUGGUGGCUACUGCAACUGGGCCAACCUCGUCACAUGCCUGUAGAUGGCAACGCCGGGAACCCAAACUAAGCCAAACAGUCCGACUGAAAAGUCAAACCGCCUACCACAAUCAAAGACGUAGCUUUGUUGUAAAAGGGGUCUAUUGAAUUUGCAAAAAUACAAUAUUUAGUAAAUCCAGUACUUUGCCUAUAAGGCCAUGGUCCUCUUGUGGGCCUGGACUUCAGACUGUAAAAUGUGAUUAAAAUGAUGUCUUGCAACUUAA